UUUUGCUUGCACUAGCUAAUACCUUUCCUCGCUCCCAAACAUAUCCAUUUAGAUUCUCUCUCUCUAUAUAUUUCUCUCUCUAAAUCUCAUAUUUUUGGACAAGUCUAUCUAUCUAUCUCUUACAACCACAAAUGGUACUACCAAAACGAGGCCACAGAUUCUUCAAAUUCAGAAGCCAAGUAAAAUCAUGCCAAAGCCCCACUCAUGAUCAUUUCAAUUUCUGAACCUUUUUGAAACAAAACCACCUCCACAAGAUACUCCCACUCUCUAAAGAUUACAUACCAACAAAUUAAGACAAGAAAGAUAUAUUCCUCCCUCUUCUUACUUACUAUACACACGUCUCGCAAACAGUCCAAAUCCAUCUUAUCUCCAAAAAAUAUCUACAUAUAUAUAUAUCAUUUUUUCUCUACCGUCUUCUUUGGGAGCAAAUGGUUUAUCAGGACUACCAUUUUUCAGGUGAGGUUCUGGAAAUGGGUUGGAUUAUGCUGAGGAUUGAUUACUCAAGGCUUUUCUGGCUAUUGUUUGGUGUUUUCUCAUAUGAAAAUCACGAAGGAAAGCCUCGGAUCAUCUAGCAGUAACACCUCCAUCUCCAUCUCCAUCUCCAUCUCCUGCACAAAAACAAACAAGAUAUAAACAUAUACUGUAGUGUGUUUGUAUAUAUAUAUAGAGAGAGAGACUUCAAAUUAUAUAUAUAUAUCCUAGUAUUGAUAAAUAAGUAAGUUUGCUAGUUAGCUUGGAAUACGACCCUGGGUUUGAAAAGAGUUGGGUUUGGGGUGCUUGCCAUGUACAGAACGCGGCCAGUAGAAUCUGUUGACAGAGCAAUGCCGGCACAGAUGGGAUACAUUGAAAUGGAUUCAUCGGGCAGAUAUGGUCGUUUUAAAGAGGUUCUUGGCAAAGGGGCAAUGAAGACCGUGUACAAGGCAUUUGAUAUGGUCCUUGGAAUGGAGGUGGCCUGGAACCAAGUGAAACUAAACGAUGUCUUCCGAUCACCGGAUGAAUUGCAACGCCUAUACUCCGAGGUCCAUCUCCUCAAGAACCUCAACGAUGACUCCAUCAUUCAAUACUACGCUUCUUGGAUCGACGUUGAUCGCUUUACUUUCAACUUCAUCACUGAAUUGUUCACUUCUGGCACCCUUAGAGAGUACAGAGACAAGUACAAGAGAGUUCAUAUUGGAGCAGUUAAGAAUUGGGGUCGCCAAAUCCUACGAGGUCUUGCUUAUCUGCAUGAACAUGAUCCGCCAGUGAUACACAGAGACCUCAAGUGCGAUAACAUCUUCGUCAAUGGCCAUCUUGGACAAGUCAAGAUUGGCGAUCUAGGCCUAGCAGCCAUUCUCCGUGGUGUCUCGCACCAUGCCCACAGUGUCAUAGGUACACCAGAAUUCAUGGCACCAGAAUUAUACGAAGAGGAGUACGAUGAGCUGGUAGACAUAUACUCCUUUGGCAUGUGUAUGCUAGAGAUGCUCACUUCUGAGUACCCAUAUGGCGAAUGCUCUAACCCUGCUCAAAUAUACAAGAAAGUAACUUCGGGAAAGCUUCCAGAAGCCUUUUACCGGAUUCAAGAUGUUGAAGCCCAGCAGUUUGUGGGGAAGUGCUUACAGACUGCUUCGAAGAGGCCAUCAGCUCUUGACCUCUUGAUGGACCCAUUUCUUGCUUCUGAUAUUGAUGAAGAGCCAUUGCCAAUCAUCCCCAAAAUUCCAACUGAAAGUUCAGCUCCAAAAGGAAUGGAGGUUCCUAAGCAACCGUUGAUGCAUGAUUCAGUUACAAGGAGCACAAACAUGACGAUAACGGGGACCAGAAAUCCAGAAGAUGAUACUAUAUUUCUCAAAGUGCAGAUCUCAAACAAGGAUGGUCAAACUAGAAAUGUUUACUUUCCCUUUGACAUUGUGAGCGACACUGCCAUUGAUGUUGCGAUGGAAAUGGUGAAGGAAUUGGAAAUCGCUGAUUGGAAACCAUCUGAGAUUGCCGAGAUGAUUACUGAGGAGAUUUCUACUCUGGUUCCAACCUGGAAGGAUUGGGACUCACCUCAAAAUGAACAUCAACAUAGCUUCAACUAUAUUGAUGAUGAAGAUGAUGACGAUAGAACCCAUCACCCUUUUUACUCUCUCUCCUCCCAUUCUUCCUCCCAAGCUUCCCUCCCAGGUUUCUACCCAUCUUGUGAGAAAACAGAGAUUCGUCAUGGAAACAAUGUGACGACUUCAGGACAUGACUGGUUUCAAGAAGAUUUGCUCAUUAGUGAUGAUACAAGUUCUCAAAGCUCAUUAAACUCCUACAAGUUCUCCAACUUAAAUUAUUGCUCAUGCAAUGACAAUGUCUGUGAAUUUUGUUCCCAAGGAGUAGAGCCACACUUUACAGCAAAGAUACCCACAAGGUUUUGUCCUGAGGAAAAAGUGCGGAAGAAUUGCAAUAACCAAUGUGGUUUGCUUAAUACUCAGAAAGCAUACAACUCAAAUCAUCCACGAAAGUUGACUCGUAUCGGUUCACUCGUCGAUGUACGUAGCCAGUUGUUGCACCGGUCUCUGGUGGAGGAGAUAAAGAAAAGAUGCUUUUUUAAGACCGUGGGCGCUGUUGAGAACAUUGGAUACCAGAAGCUGGGAGAUUUUCUGGGGAGCUCUCCUAGAAAUGGUGCAAAAGCAAGGAUUUGAAUCGUGAUGUGAAUUUUAAAUCCCAUGAACCUUUGAGCUCAUGAUUAUAUUACUUGUGUGUGAUUCCAUGUACCAUGAACCUUUGAGCUCAUGAGUAUAUAACUUGUGUGUGAUUGCAUGUACCAUGAACCUUUGUUAAGGUUGUUUUUAUAACUAGUAAGUGUGGACAACAAUUGAAUA